AUGACUUAUUUACUUAUCUCUUUUCAGUUAUUGUGCACAUUGUCGUUCUUGGCGAGUGGCAGUUAUCAAAGGAUAAUAGGGCAAAAUAUAAAUACUUUUUUGUCCCAACCGUCUGCAUCUCGCUGCAUUUGCGAGGUAGUGGAGACAUUAAAUCAUCCAACUAUUAUAAGCAAAUAUAUAAAAUUUCCACAGAAUGCAGAGGAGAGGCUGGCAUUAAAAGAACGAUUUUAUGAAAAAUUCAAAAUUCCUGGAGUAAUCGGGUGUGUGGAUGGGACUUUUGUGACAAUAGUUAGACCCACAGAAAAUGAAGAGCGCUAUUAUUGUCGUAAAGGCAAUCAUGCUAGGAAACCAACGAAGUGGUCGGUAGUCGCUAGUCGCUAGUAAGUAUAAUAAUUAUAUCUAGAUUUUUAUA